AUGCAUUUGGGAGUGCCAACGAAGGACAACUUUCGUCCCAAGAGUAAUUCGGGGUUUAAUUUACCGAUGGGAUUGAGAAAGUAUACAAGGGUGCGCAAUUGGAAGCGAAGACACUUUGCAGCCGUGGCGGUGUUCUUACUUUUGCUGAACGCGAUCACCUCCAAAUUUCUGGAUGUGGCAUUUCUGCCCAUCUUCAACUUCAGCAAACCACACAGCUUUUCGCAUUUGACGAGAAAGGAGGCUUUGGCAAAGAAACAGGAUAAUCAUGGUCUGUUCAAAAAGGAGAUCAAGGUUAAAGACCGGCUGAUCUAUCCAAGUGUGGAACAUGCCCCUCUGCUGAGAGAGCUUACUCUCAACAAUCUGUUCAAGUCAAAGCCCGACCCAACGGAUAUGGAGAGUUUGCUUUAUUUCUACGAGGAUGACAUUGAAGACAAGAACAACGAGAUCAAGGAGAAGACGGUUGAUGACGAGAGCAAUCCGCUAAAUGUGGCCAAGAAGUCGUUCAAACAACAUGGCCGCAAGGUCUUUAAUGGAAAGUCUCCAGAGAUCGUUCUUGUUACUGGUAUCGACUUUGAGAACUUUGAGCUUGGACAUCUGACCAAGGUGGUACAGAACAGAGUAGACUAUGCCCAGGCAAACGGGUACGGUCUGUAUGUGAGGUGGAUUCAGGAAUUCAUCCCGUUGCUGCAAGAGUACAAGAGCGACAAGAGCUGGGCCAAGUUAUUCGUGAUGAGAGCAGCUAUCCAUGCCUUUCCCAAUGCAAAGUACUUCUGGUAUCUUGAUGAAAGUGCCUUCAUUAUGAGGAACGACAUUGAGUUGAAGUCCUAUAUGCUUGACCCCGAGGUGCUGGAUCCAAUCAUGCUCAGGGACACUUCCAUUGUUCCUCCAUCUGGUGCCAUUAAGACUUAUAAGCACGUGAAGGCUGAGAACGUCAAGUUCAUUAUUACGCAGACGAGAACGACAAUCAACACCGAUUCGUUCAUUUUGGUGAACGAUGUUUAUGGAAGAGGGCUCUUGGAGUUCUGGUCAGAUCCACUAUUCAGGAAGUAUCCGAACUUCCCAGAGAAGGAUGCAAGCGCACUGAUGCACAUUCUUCAAUGGCACCCGGUGCUUCUCUCCAAGACGGCGAUCAUCCCCGGAAGAACCAUUGCAUCGUUGCAUUCUGGAACUCCUGUGGAUGAUCCAAACGACCUCGUACACUACAUAGACGGCGAUCUGCUGGUAAACUUCAAGGGAUGUGCCGAACAUCAUACAUGUGAGCUGGUUUUGGAUUCUUACUGGAAGAAGACCCAUGAAGAGAAGAAGUAA